GCAGGAUACAGGGGGCGUCCCUUCGCUCUUAGACUGCAGAUAGAAGCCUUGAGCUCACCAAUGACUAACUUUGAGCAGCAGUCUCUAAAGGCAUCUGUGUGAACAAGUGUGCUCGCCCACUGUAAUUACCACCAAAACGAGCGAUUUUCGUCUCUGAGACCGUCCUCUUAAAUUCAAAGAUUUUCGUGUGGGAGUCGCGGUCAUUUUGGAAGUUUCGUAGAUGAAGUUGGAGCGCGCUCGCACGGGGCUGCGUCUCUUCUCGGUUCGAUCACUCGCGGGAUAUCGGCAAGACUUGGGAGCUUUUCUACUUUUUUGUUUCAUACGAGCCCCAUUGUGCGCCGAUGUAAAAGAAACCCAUGAUGAGUGACGAGAGUUCUAGAUUGUAUAUGAGCUAGGACGAUCAUAGAGCAUUUUAUUCACGCUGGAUUUAAGAACCAACAUUUCCUAAAGUGAUUAUGGGUUUUGAGUGGAUCCUCAUUGCCGUUGGUGUUGUACUUGGCACAGCCUCGCCAGGAGCCCAAGGAGCAUGUGUCUAUCAAGGUGUGCUGGUGGCGAACCAUACAUCAUGGAAACCAGACACUUGUCAAGACUGCACAUGCCACGGUGACAUUGUCAUCUGCAAAGCUACCCAGUGCCAAAAUCCCCAGUGUGACUUUCAGAGGGGCGAACGCUUGAGAAUCCCUCCCAAAAAGUGCUGCCCAGAAUGUUUCCCACAGUCGGCCGGCUCCUGCCAGCGCCACGGAGCAGUGUAUGGGCAUGACAGCCAGUGGAGCGAGUCCGAGUGCUCUGUGUGUACGUGCUCUCUGGGGAAAGUGACCUGUGGCCCUCCUGCCUGUCCUUCCCUCAGCUGUGGGAGAGGCCAGAGCCCCUACAUCCCAGCCGGAGAGUGCUGUCCUAAGUGUGGCAGAAAUGGAGUUCCGUGCACCUGGGAAGGAGAAGAGCACAGGGACGGGGAAGAGUGGAGUCCCAGUCCGUGCAUGAAGUGCGAGUGCCAGGAUGGACACGCCCAGUGCUCGGCCGCGGAGUGUCAGCCCAUCACGUGCGAGCCGAAUGAACAUUUGGUGAUCCGACCGGCACGAUGCUGCCCCCAGUGCGUCUCUAAGCCUUGCAUAGCAGCCGGUGAGGAGUAUGAGGACGGCCAGCAGUGGCAGAAAAACAGCUGUACAACUUGUGUAUGUGAGCGCGGUCAGACACGGUGUCACACGGAAAAAUGUCCCCCACUCCACUGCGACAAGGGCCAGACGAAGGUGCAGCGUCCGGGUCAGUGUUGUGCAGAAUGCGUCUCCCCGCGAGGCACCUGCUUGUACGAUGGUGCUGUGCGUUACCAUGGCGACAUGUGGCAGGGCACGGGCUGCGAGUUCUGCACGUGCGAGCGGGGCCAGGUGCUGUGCCAGCACGCCGACUGUGCCAGAUUGGAGUGCGCGCAGGGAGAAGAGCUGGUGUAUUUAAGUGGGAAGUGUUGUCCUGAGUGCAAGCCAGCAGUCAACGCCUGUGCGUACACGCUCCCAGAGACACAGGGACAGAGAGCCAACGCGACCAACUUCCGUCGCCUUGCUAACCUGGAGAGCGUGAGUGAGGGUCCCUGUCAGACAUGUCAGUGCCGGGACGGUCACGUGACCUGCUACCACCGCUCCUGUCCUACGUGCCCCGUUGGCACCCUGGCAGUGCCACGUGACGGACAGUGCUGCCCCGAAUGCCACCCCGCGGUCCAGUGUCAUGCAGACUGUUUGACGUGCUCCACCACUCCCGGCCACUGUGACAGCUGUAAGGAUCCCGGGGCGGUGCUCUGGAAUGGCCGCUGCCUUCACAACUGUCCUAAUGGCUUCUUUGCCCAAGGCAGAGUGUGCACAGCCUGCCAGCUGUCCUGUGGCACCUGCGGGAAUGCCUUUGAGUGCACGACUUGUGGUGGGUCCUUGCUCUUCAGCGACGGGCAGUGUGUGGCCACCUGUGAGAGGGGCCUGUACCAGGACCACACACAGUGCCUGAGUUGCCACGACUCCUGUUCCUCAUGUCGAGGGGCGGGGCCACAAGACUGUCUGUCAUGCUCUGACCCCUCCCAUUUGCUGAUGGACGGCCUUUGCGUUGCAGACUGUGGAACGGGCUUCUAUGUCAACCGGGGCAACUGUUAUGCAUGCGACCCAUCCUGCGCUACCUGUCGCCCUGACAACCCCAGCUGCCUAAGCUGCCCCGGUGGCUAUGCACUGCAUCAUGGAAAAUGUAUUUUGGAUUGUCCAGAGGAACAUUACAAAGACAGCUAUGCCCGAUGCCAAACGUGUCACGGCUCGUGCGCCACCUGCUCUGGACCAUCGGCCUCCGAGUGCAUCUCCUGCCCCCGCGGCCUCCUGCUCCUCCACGGGGGCCAGUGUGUGAACUCCUGCGGCGAGGGUCUCUUCUCCAGGGACGGACGCUGCCAGGGCUGCCACGAGUCUUGCCGUGCAUGUGUGGGCCCAGAUUCGUCCGACUGCAUGCGCUGCGUGAAGCCUGAGGAGGUGCUGCUGCCCCGGGGCACGCGCGCCUCCGUGGGCGCCUGUGCGUCUGCCUGUCUGCCGCACCACUACCUCGACGCUGAGCUCGUCUGCCGAGAGUGCCACGUCUCAUGCGCACGUUGCACGGCAGGAAAUGCCCACAGCUGCACUUCCUGUCCCCAGCUCAGUGUCCUUCACCAUGGGCAGUGUCCGGACCACUGUCCUCGUGGCUUCCAUGUCCAGGAGAGCACCUGCCAAGCUUGUCACCCAUCAUGCAAGGAAUGUUCUGGACCCUCUCAAGCUGAUUGCACCACCUGCCCGCCUCAUGCUAGCCUCCACAACGGCUACUGCAGGACCAGCUGCCCUGAAGGCCAGUACGUCAACGCCGUGGGCAGCUGUAACGAGUGCCAGGACAGCUGCCAGCGGUGCACUGAAGACCUGCUCCUGGGCUCUGGGAGCGUGUGCCUGUGGUGCAAGAGGCCUCGCCAGCCGCUGUUGCUGGGAGACCGCUGCGUGGAGCGCUGCCCGCCGGGACACCACCAGCAUCGCGGCACCUGCAGGAAAUGCCACACUUCCUGUGCAGCCUGCAAUGGGGAGGGGCCUCUGUCUUGUACAUCCUGCGUGGCCCCUGCUGUGCUGGCCCCAUCCGGCGUGUGUGGCCCUCGAUGCGCCAUCGGAUACUACGCUGAUGAAAACCGCAUGUGUCAAAAAUGUGACCACCAGUGUCUGAGCUGCGAGAUGGCAGAAAUAUGUACAUCCUGCAGGGACCCAGCCAAGGUGUUGCUGUUCGGAGAGUGUCAGUAUGAGAGCUGUGCUCAGCAGUACUACUUAAACACCACUACGCGCACCUGCAGAGAAUGUGACUGGAGCUGCAAUUCUUGCCAAGGUCCCCUGCGGAGUGACUGCCUGCAGUGCAUGGAAGGCCAUGUCCUGCACAACGGAGUCUGCGUCCCGGCUUGCUCGCUAGGAUCCUACCAGGACGGCGACAGAUGCCUGAACUGUGAUGAUCACUGUGAGCAGUGUCAGGGGCCUGGGCGAUGCCUGCAGUGUCAAGUGCCCUAUGCUCUCCAGAAUGGCCAGUGCGUGCUGGGCUGUGGGAGAAGCCACUUCCUCGACUCUGCCACACAGCAGUGCGUUGCAUGCCCAUCUGGUUGUGUGGAGUGUGGGAGUGCGAGAGAGUGUCAUGUAUGCAUGGAAAACACCUUCCGGAAGAACGGACAGUGCACUCCUGAUUGUGGUCGUGGAUACUAUGGUGACAGGAAGGCCAGACAAUGCAAAGCCAACACCCACGCUCCAUCUCUCCGCAUUCACGGGCCGCUCCUGGUUCCCAUCGGGGGUGUGAGCCCGCUGGACCCCGCACUCCUCUCAGUCGAGGACGUUGACGGCCAAUCAGAUGGCUCGGUGCUGCAGCUGCUGCAGCCACCGAGCGUUGGCCUACUGGUGGUGGCGGAGCAUGGCAGGGAACGCGCACUGGGCCCCGACGACACCUUCACACUCACCCAGCUGAGGCACAGAGCUGUACGCUUCACUCACUCUGCCCACCAGGCCAAGGCUGGUCAGUUCACUCUGAGGGCAGCAGAUGCACAACUAUUCUCCCAGCCACAGACGGUUCAUAUACAAGCUGUCUCUCAACAGCCACCCUUGGUGGUCACCAAUCAACCCAUUUACAUUGAAUCGGGCGAGACAGCGGUGCUGACCAAGUCCGUUCUUCACAUUAUGGACCCCGACAACCCUCAAGACGUCCUUUUAAUGGUCCUGGACCCGCCUAGGCAUGGCCGCCUGACUCGAGUCCAUGGAGAGGCGCAGGUGGCCCAGUUUAUGCUGGAAGAACUGUCUCGUGAACAGCUGCAGUAUGUUCACGAUGGCACCAGCGGAAGCCAGGACAGGCUGCUUCUGCAGAUCAAUGACGGACACAGCUACCAGAACAUUCUGCUCCACGUCAACAUUGCUCAGAAGAACGGACUCUCUCCUCACAUGCUGUCGGUUCCUAAGGCCUGGGUGAGAGAGGGAGGGAUAGUGCAGCUCUCUAAGAAACAUCUGAAUGCUGAAUACAGAGGAAGCAGCGACUCUGAGAUUUUCUACACCGUUCACUCUGACAGUGGACAGCCCCAACACGGUGAACUAGUGCUAGUGCCCAUGCCAGCUGAUGGCCCAGUGGAAGACUGGCAGGCCUCUCCGCUGGGCAGAGACUCGACGCCAACCUCCACUUUCACCCAGCAGGAUGUCAACGAGGGCACAGUGUGGUACAGGCACUAUGGGAGAGGCACUGAGAGAGACCGCUUCCAGUUUCAGGUGUCUAGCGAGGCCUUCCCAGAUGCACAGAGCGACACUCAGACCUUCACAAUUGGAGUGAUGCCCCAGACUCCAGGCCUACCCCAGCUCACCCCCGGCGCUGACCUACAGAUCACUGCACUGGAGGAUCGUGUCACUCUGAUCACUCCCUCAGCUCUUUCUUUUACUGACUCGGAGACACCAAGCAGCAAGCUGAUCUACAACAUCACCAAGCCCCUCGCCCCAGGACUGGGCACGCUGGAGCAUGGAGACAGACCCUACUCGCACGUCCGCGUCUUCACCCAAGCUGAUGUGGAUGCCGGCAGGAUCUCGUACCGGCCGCCGCCGGCUCCGUCCCACCUGCAGGAGCUUUACCAGUACUCGUUCACCGGCCUGCCAGAGUCAGUGAACUUCCAUUUCACAGUGUCUGACGGAGAGCACACCACCCCGGAGAUGGACUUUGCCAUCCUGCUGUUAGCCAACCAUCAGCAACCUCCAGUCUUUCAGAUCUUGGACCCAGUGCUGGAGGUCAGCCUGGGAGGCCGAACGCCAAUCGGUGGUCAGCAGUUGGCAGUGACGGACGCAGACACCGCUCCAGAUGAGCUGGAGUUUGAGCUGGUGGAGGCUCCAGUGCACGGUACCCUCCUCAGGGUGGACUACAGCACCCAGACACAAAUGGUUAAUGGUGAUACGUUCACCUUCAGUGACAUCACCAGGAACAUUCUUCAGUAUGAGCACGCUGGCCUCAACACUGAGGAGGACAACAUGAUCUUCUCGGUGACCGAUGGGAUCUCCAUGACGUCCACCACAGUGCAGGUGAUGGUUUCGGGGGUCAAAGGCGACGGGCCCAGACGUGACCCCGAGGCGCUGCUGUUGAUGGAUGUGGCAGAGAAGAGUAGCACUGUGAUUAGACGCUCACAUCUGGCUUAUGUGGACGAUGACUCUUCGGAUGCUCAAAUUCGCAUCCAGCUAGUUUCGGUGCCCAUGUAUGGAAUCCUAACCAAGACCAAUUCCGAAACAGACCACAAGGAACUGAACGAGUAUUCUUCUUUCACAAUGGAGGACAUCAACCAUCACAAGAUUCGGUACGUCACCUCAUUUGAAACCGAUAACCAGCCCAUCACCGACAUCUUCCACUUCGUCGUCUACGAUGGCGAAAACAAUCGCCUGGACAACCAGAUAUGCACCAUCACCAUCACCUCUGUGCAGACGCAGCCGCCUGUAGUGACUGUCCGUGGGGGCAUCAAGGUCCCAGAGGGAGGCAGAGUCCAGCUGUCAGCGAAUCAUAUCAUCGCAUCUGACCCCGACACACCCAAGAAGGAUCUGCUGGUGUGGCUUAUCAGCCCUCCAAAGUACGGCUUUAUUGAGAACACAAAACGAGCAGCCGGUUCAGUAGGUGGCACCCAUAUAAUCAGCCCUGAUGUCCCCUUUACAAUGGAAGACCUCACCACAGACUGCAUCUUCUACGUCCAAAAUGUCCACCAGGCAAAUAUCCACCAAGAUGUCUUCAGCUUCUACAUCAGUGAUGGGUCUAGCCAGACAGAAGCUUUUGACAUCGCCAUAGAUAUCCACCAAACUAAAGAAGAAAAGGUUCCAGUUAUCUCUGUGAACAGUAUCCAUCUGGAGGAAAACACAGGUGUCAUCAUUACCAACUCCUCUCUCAGUGUGCUGGACCUGGACACGCCGGAAAACGAAAUUGUGCUUACUGUCACCAAGAAGCCUUCUUACGGUAAGCUACGCAGGCGGCAGUUCUACUCCCAGCCCCUGGAUAACGGCAAGGUUCUCCAUCAGGGUUCCAUAUUCACCUACCAGGACAUUCUGGACGAGCUGCUGGUGUACACUCCAGAUGGACACGGCUCUGGGACAGACGAGGUCCGGCUCACAGUAACAGACGGAAUCCACGUUGAGACAGUACACCUGACGUUCAGCAUAGAUGUGAGAAAGAGUGAAGGACCCAGAGUGACCAUCAACCGAGGCCUUCAGUUAGCAGCAGGUUCCUCAUCUAAGAUCACAGAGCAGCAGCUGAGGGGUACAGAUAUGGACUCGGAUGAUUUGAAGCUCAGGUUCACCCUAACCCAAGACCUGGGCACAGGCACAUUGCAGCUAACAAAAGGGUGGAGCAAAGUGCAGAUCUCUGCCAAAGGACCAAUCAAAAGUUUUACACAGGAGGAUAUCAACAAAGGCUUUGUGACGUAUGUCCACGAGAAAGGAGAGAACAGAGGCAGCCUCUCUUUUAAGUUUAACCUUGAGGAUCCGGAGGGCAAUAAAGUGAUUGAUGAGUCUUUCUUCAUCAGCAUCCUUGAGGACAAGCUCCCCCCUUCAGUGGUGGUCAACAAGGGCUUGAUGCUUGACGAGAACUCGGUGAAGAAGGUCACAACCCUGCAGCUGUCCUCCACAGACCAAGACAGCGAACCCAGUGAACUUGUCUACCGCAUCACCAAACAGACGCAGCUGGGCCAUCUUGAACUCACCACCAAUCCAGGCAAGCGCAUCGCCACGUUCACCCAGGCGGACCUGGCGUCUCGCAACGUGCAGUACGUCCACACCAGCGAAGAAGAGAAGCACUCAGACGACUUCUCUUUCACGGUGUCAGACGGGGCUAAUGAGAUCUCCCAGACCUUCUACAUCACCAUCCGACCCGUGGAUGACUCCCUGCCCGUGCUGCAUGUGCCGGGGAUGAAGGUGCAGGAGGGAGUGAGGAAGACCAUCACAGAGUUUGAGCUGAAGGCCACGGAUGCUGACACGGAGGAGGACGUGAUCACGUUCACAAUUGUACAGGCUCCUCGCCACGGCACCAUCGAGCGCACCAACAACGGUCAGCAUUACCGCCAGACGAACACCUUCACCAUGGACGACAUCCAUCAGAACCGCAUCAGCUACAGUCACGACGGCAGCAACUCCCUCAAAGACCGCUUCACCUUCACGGUCAGCGACGGCGCCAACCACUUCUUCAUCAUGGAGGAAGGCGGGAAAGAGGUGGUCACCGCAGCACCGCAGAAGUUUAAGAUCGACAUACUCCCGGUCGACGACGGCACGCCGCGCAUCGUCACUAAUCUGGGCCUGCAGUGGCUGGAGUAUAUGGACAACAAGGCCACAAACCUGAUCUCCAAGAAGGAGCUCUACACCAUCGACCCUGACACAGAUGAUGGUCAGCUGAUUUAUGAGAUUACUGCUGAACCCAAACACGGCUACCUGGAAAGUAAGAUCAAACCAGGGGCGCCCAUCACGUCUUUCACACAAGCGGACAUAAACCUUGGCCUCAUCCGUUACGUUCUGCGCGAGGACAGAGUCCAGGAGACGUCGGACAACUUCAAGUUCCUGGUGAAGGACAGCAAGCCCAACGUCGUCAAUGACAACAUGUUUCACAUCCAGUGGUCCCUCAUCAGCUUCGAGCACAGCAGCUACAACGUGAGCGAGAAAGCAGGCACGGUAGCCGUGACAGUGAAGAGGACAGGGAACCUGAACCAGUACGCCAUCGUGCUGUGCCGCACCGAACAGGGCACGGCCACCUCGGCCGCCGGCCCGCUGCCUGGCCGCCACGACUACGUGGAGCACGCGGGGCAGGUCCAGUUCGACGAGCGAGAGGACACCAAGGUGUGCACCGUCGCCAUCAACGACGACCAGGUCUUCGAGAGCACUGAGAGCUUCAGCGUGGAGCUCGGCAUGCCUGUGUACGCCCUCCUGGGCCGGGUGACGCGUACCACCGUCCACAUCCAUGACACGGAGGAUGAGCCCACGCUGCAGUUUGACAAGAAGACCUACAACGUUGACGAGAGCGCGGGGUUUCUCUUUGCUCCCGUCGAGAGGAAGGGCGACACCAGCAGCACCGUGUCCGCCCUCUGCUACACCGUGCCCAAGUCAGCCCGGGGCAGCAGCCUCCACGCCCUGGAGUCCGGCUCCGACUACAAGAGCCGAGGCAUGGGUGCAGAGAACCGGGUGGUGUUCGGACCCGGCGUCAGCAUGUCCACCUGUGACGUGAAGCUGAUUGACGACAGCGAGUACGAGCUGGCCGAGGAGUUCGAGCUGGUGCUGUCCGACGCGUCGGACAACGCCCGGACGGGCGACGUUGCGGUGGCCAAGGUCGUCAUUGACGGCCCCAACGACGCCUCCACGGUGUUCCUUGGAAACUCCUCCUUCAUGUUCAGUGAAGAUGCAGGCACCAUCGAGAUCCCUGUGCUGCGGCGGGGCAGCGACCUUUCGUCUGUGACCACGGUGUGGUGCGCCACGCGCCCCGCCGACCACGACUCGGCCACGCCCGGGGUGGACUACAUCCCCAGUUCCAAGAAAGUGGAGUUCAAGCCUGGCAAGACAGAGGAGACUUGCAGUUUGACCAUAAUGGAUGACAUCCAGAACCCUGCCAUCGAAGGGAAGGAGUCCUUCAUCGUCUUCCUCAGCUCUCCUAACGGCGCCAUCCUCACAGGGCCGCACGAAGCUUCGGUUUAUAUCGUCGAUACCACCCAAGACAUCCCCAGCAUGCAGUUUGAGAAGGUGGCCUACACGGUGAAAGAGGAGGACAGGGCCCUGCACGUCCCUGUGGUCCGGACGGGCGACCUGAGCUACAGGUCUUCUGCUCGGUGUUUCACGCGCACCAUGUCGGCCACGGCGACGGACGACUUUGAGGAGAGGAGGAACGCCGACGUCUCUCGUGUCGUUUUCCUCCGAGGAGAGAAGGUGAAGAACUGCACGGUCCACGUCAACGACGACUCGGUCUUCGAGCCUGAGGAGGAGUUCCAGGUGCACUUGGGCACGCCGCAGGGGGACCACUGGAGUGGAGCCAUGAUCGGCCUCAACGAUAUCGUCACCGUCACCAUCACUAACGAUGAGGACGCACCCACCAUUGAGUUUGAACAAGCUUCUUACCAAGUACGAGAGCCUCCCGGUCCAGAUGGCGUCGAGGUUCUCAACGUCAAAGUGAUCCGCAAAGGGGACCUAGACCGCACCUCCAAGAUCCGCUGCAGCACCCGUGAUGGAUCGGCCCAGUCCGGAGUGGAUUAUAACCCCAAGAGUCGGGUUCUCAAAUUCAGCCCCGGUGUGGACCAUAUACUCUUUAAAGUCGAAAUCUUGUCGAACGAAGAGAGGGAGUGGCACGAGUCUUUCUCAUUGGUUCUUGGCCCUGAUGACCCAGUUGAAGCUGUGCUGGGGGAAAUCACUGUGUCGACCGUUACUAUCCUAGACCAGGAAGCAGCUGGAAGCCUAAUCCUCCCAGCUCCUCCCAUUGUAGUGUCACUCUCAGACUAUGACCACGUCCAGGAGGUCACAAAGGAGAGCAGUAAGAAGUCUCCUUCUCCGGGCUACCCCCUGGUCUGCGUGACCCCCUGCGACCCCCACUACCCUAAGUACUCACUGAUGAGGGAGCGCUGUGAGGAGGCUGGCAUCAACCAGACGUCCAUCCACUUCAGCUGGGAGGUGGCGGCGCCCACCGACGCCAGCGGCGCGAGGUCCCCCUUCGAGACAGUCACAGACAACACACCCUACACAACCGUUAACCAUAUGGUUCUGGACAGCAUCUACUUCAGCAGGCGCUUCCAUGUGCGCUGCGGGGCUCAGGCGCGGGACAGGGCCGGCCACCCGGGGACCCCACUGAGAAGCAACAUCGUCACUAUCGGCACCGAGGGCCCCAUCUGCCACACGCCCGUCACCACGGGGACCGCCCGCGGCUUCCAGGCCCAGUCCUUCAUCGCCACGCUCAAAUAUCUGGAUGUCAAGCACAAAGAGCAUCCCAACAGGAUCCACAUCUCGGUUCAGAUCCCUCAUCAGGACGGCAUGCUUCCGCUGGUGUCCACGAUGCCCCUGCACAACCUGCACUUCCUGCUCUCUGAGUCUGUUUACCGCCAACAGCACAUUUGCUCCAACCUGGUCACGCUCAAAGACCUACAGGGCAUCUCUGAAACUGGCUUCCUGGAUGACGUGACCUACGACAGCAUAUCCCUGGGCCCUGGCUACGAUCGCCCCUACCAGUUCGACCGCAGCGUCCGCGACCCCAGAACCAUCCAGCUCUACAAGCACCUCAAUCUGAAGAGCUGCAUCUGGACGUUCGACGCCUUUUACGACAUGACCGAGCUCAUAGAUGUGUGCGGCGGAUCGGUCACCGCCGACUUCCAGGUGAGAGACUCGGCCCAGUCCUUCCUGACGGUGCAGGUGCCUCUCUACGUGUCUUACAUCUAUGUGACGGCUCCCCGUGGCUGGGCCUCUCUGGAGCAUCACACAGAGAUGGAGUUCUCCUUCUUCUACGAUACUGUGCUCUGGAGGACAGGCAUCCAGACUGACAGUGUGCUGGCUGCCAGACUGCAGAUCAUCCGAAUCUUCAUUAGGGAAGACGGGAAGCUAGUGAUAGAAUUUAAAACACAUGCUAAAUUCAGAGGUCAGUUUGUACCAGAACAUCACACUCUCCCUGGGCACAAGUCCCACUUGAUGGCCCCAGACCACCUGGGCGGCAUCGACUUCAACCUGCAGCUGGUGUGGAGUGCGCAUACCUUUGACUCGCCCUACCAGCUGUGGAGGGCCACCAGCUCCUACAGCAGGAAGGACUACUCUGGGGAGUAUACGGUCUUCCUCAUUCCUUGCACGGUGCAGCCCACCCAGCCGUGGAUCGACCCCGGCGACAAGCCCCUCUCCUGUACAGCACAUGCUCCAGAAAAAUUCCUGGUGCCCAUCGCAUUUCAGCAAACCAACCGUCCUGUUCCUGUGGUCUACUCCCUCAACACGGAGUUCCAGCUCUGCAACAACGAGAAAGUCUUCAUGAUGGACCCUGCCACCACAGACAUGUCCAUGGCUGAGAUGGACUACAAGGGAGCGUUCUCCAUGGGGCAGACCCUGUAUGGCAGGGUGCUGUGGAACCCAGACCAAAAUCUGAAUGCAGCUUACAAGCUGCAGCUGGAGAAGGUCUACCUGUGCACGGGCCGAGAUGGCUACGUGCCCUUCUUCGACCCAACAGGAACCCUCUACAAUGAGGGUCCCCAAUAUGGCUGCAUCCAGCCCAACAAGCACCUCAAGCACCGCUUCCUUCUCCUGGAUCGGAAGCAGCCAGACGUCUGCGACCGCUACUUCCACGACGUCCCAUUUGAAGCCAACUUCGUAUCAGACAUCCCCGAGCUACAGUCCAUGACUACGAUGCCUGGUGUGGAUGGCUUCACCAUGAAGGUCGACGCCCUGUAUAAGGUGGAGGCUGGGCACCAGUGGUAUCUCCAGGUGAUCUACAUCAUCGGGCCGGAGUCCAUAUCCGGCCCCAGAGUCCAGCGAUCCCUGACCUACCGGCUACGGCGCAGCCGCCGGGACCUGGUGGACCGCUCGGGCCGCCUGAUGCUAGACGAGUCGCUCAUCUAUGACAACGAGGGUGACCAGGUGAAGAACGGCACUAAUAUGAAGAGCCUGCAGCUGGAGGUGGAGCCCUCGGCCACCUUCGACCCCCAGGUGGGAGGCUCGGUGGGGGGUGGAGUCGCAGCCGUCCUCCUGCUGGCCCUGGUCAUCCUAGCUUUCUGCCUCGUCCUGAGGAAGUGCCGGAGGGCAGGGAGAAAGAAACCUCCCAAAGCUGAGGAGUACCCCUUGAACACCAAAGUGGAGGUCUGCCUGGAACGCCUGGACAAGAACCUCAACAGCAAACACUGCACAGUGAGGAACGUCAACCUCCUCAACAAGAGCAACGAGGCCUCCAAGGUCAACGGGGCCAAGGUCAAGCAGGUCAACCUGGAGGUCAAACUCCACAACAAUUUGAACGACGGCACUGAAGUCUGAUUUAAGCCCCACCCCCUGCCCCCAUCAAAAAAACUAAAGUAUUUAAUAAGAAAUUGAACAAAAAACAUAUUUUCUAUCAAUGUUUGUAUUAAUGCAAUGAGAUAUUGUUUAUGUAUUUUUAUAUGACCAUAAGGAAAAAAAAAUAGGGAAAAUGUUUGUCAUCUAUGCAGUGUAAAUCAUUUCAACUGAGCUACCUCAGGGAAGUUAGAAACAUUUAAACAUCAGUCAAAUCAAAGGACAUCCAUUUGAUUCUGUUUGCAGUUAUACGUUCUUGAAAUUUAUUUUAUGCCAGUAUGCCUUUUUUUUAGCCCUUGUGAGAUGAGUAUAAUCCAGCCAUCACUGGUAGCUCAGCUGCUUCACCUCUUUAUAUGAAUAGUCCAUUCUUAUUCACUCCAUAUUUUUGAUUUAGUAAAACCACUAAGGAAGUAUUAUGCACAGGUUGUGCCAUUUCUUUUGGACUAUGAGAAUGAUGUAAAUACCUUUAUAAAGUGCAAUUACACGAUGACCGUCAUCCCAUAUCGUUGGUUGUUAAUGGAGAUUAUUACCGUGAUUUUAAUUUCCUGUCGCUUGAUCACCGUCGUGCCACGCUGAUAUUUGUCAAGUGCGAUUUUUCUGAUUCUGAAUCCAAAUCUAAAGUUUUUAUUGAAUAGUGUAAACCAUCAGUAUAUGACUGUAUUCGGCUAACGACAAACCACGUGUUUGGAGAACUCUGAGAGGUAUGCAUGUGCGUACUGUAGUACAUACAGUAGUGCUGACUUCUUUGAAACACUAACAGAAUUGAUUGUUUUGUGCACCAUUCUACCACUUUAAACUGCAUAUCAUACUACUGUAGUGCUGUAGCAUUAUUUUUCCACAUUCAUGUGAAUUUCUAUUACUCUACAUGCGAGCUCCAGUAUCCAAUUACAAUACUAAGAAAAGAUUAUAUAUUAUCUUUCAUUAUGUAUUUUGUUACUCUAAUAUUAUUCAAUUCGUAUAGCGCAUUUGAUGUAACUGCCUGUACGAAUGUAUUCGGGUGUUGCAUUAUUAAGAUUCUGUUACACAUCAUAUGUUGCUCAUUUAAGAGAAGUGCUGUUCUGUGUCUGUGGCCCCAGAUCGCCAUAACACAGUGGUUUAUGUGCAUAAGUUAUUUUUCUCUCAGUUACUCGUUCGUACCUCUCUUUUGCUUGUUUGUUUGUUCAGUGGUGUUUUUCUGUCCGUUUAGCAGAAUGCCGUGCCUACUGAACAGUGGGAAGUUUUGGAUAGAACAUAUUUUUGGUGCUGUCAUUUGUGUGGAAAAGUGAUGAUGCUCUUGAACACUGUGCUAUGUGCCUUUUUAGUAAUAAAGAAGACAUCUGUAAAAGACAUUA